GGCGUGAUGACCUCGACUGGUGGAGGUAGUGGAGGGCGUGGUCACUCUCAGGUACACAUAUAAGAGACAUCUACACAUCCUCCAGUCAGUCUAUUCCAGUCGCCUCUACUGAACGUACCCAUCAUGAAGGCUCUGGUGCUGUUGCUGUCAGUAUCGUGUGUGUGUUGGUGUAAACCCACCACCGUGGUCAGCUUUAGUCCAGUGGGAUAUUCCCCGGGUGUUGCCCCAGGGUUUGCCUAUGCCUUCCGAGCCCCAGCUCCUCUGUCUCCUCUGUAUUCCCACACCGGCAGCGCCUCAGGCCGCUCACUUUUAUCCGGAGCACUAUCCAACCACAUCGACCCCCUCGUCCGUGUGCCCACCGUGCUCAAGACGCAGUACCACAGCCAGGACGAGCUCGGUCAGUACGCCUACGGGUACGUUGGAGAUGCUUCAACAGCCCACGAAGUGCGCACCUUGGAUGGCGCCGUGCGAGGCUCCUACACCUACGUGGACAGCGACGGUGAGCUUCAGACCGCCAGCUAUGUGGCCGAUCGCAAUGGCUUCCGUGUUAAGGCAUCCAAUCUUCCCCAAGCACCGCUUGCGCCUCCUCCUGCAGCAGUCUCACUACCAGAACCGGUCAAGCCCACUCCUGAGGUGUUAGCCGCCACUGCUGCUCACUUGCGGGCUUUUGCAGAGGUCAAGGCUUCCCGCAUCAAGCGAGCAGCUACAGUCACCACUCAGCCGCCUUCUGCUAAAGUAACAACUGUGAAGCAUACUGAUAACAUCAAGGUGGACCCUGUCCAUGUUCCUGCUUCCGUCAAUAACACUGAUAACAUCAAGGUGAACUCUGACCAUGUUCCUGCUUCCGUCAAUAACACUGAUAACGUCAAGAUGGACCCUGUCCAUGUUCCUGCUUCGGCCAAUGCCAAUGCAUCUAAUAAUACCAAACUCUCUGAUUAUGCCAAGGCUAAUGUAGAAGUCGAAGAAUCAAUUAUUCAAAUGCCCUUCCCUGCGUCGCUUCCUGUAGCGCCUGCUUUCCCUGUCCCACUCACAGAGGCUGCUCCCUCUUAUGUACCGCCACAGUUCCACGCGUUAGAAGAACUGGGCGAGUACAAAUAUGGUUAUGAUGGCGGACCAUCUAGGAAACACGAGGUACAUAUUCCAGGUGGUGUCACCCGAGGUUCCUACUCUUAUAUCGACUCUGACGGUGAAGUGCAGACGGUGUCCUAUAUUGCAGACGACGACCUCGGCUUCCGGGUGCUGGGGAACAGUUUGGACGAAGACCUUGAUGAUUCCUAUCUGUAAAAUGUCUCUUGAGGUUGAGCUACAAAAGCCUCCCAGUUGGCAUUAAUAUUCAUUUCUACGGGUGCAAUUGUUAUUCCGUGUGAGUCUUAUAGAAGCUUCCCCUGUGAGCCUGGCAACUGCCUCGGGUCAAGUCAACGGUCAUCCAGCCAACAGUCGUCCAUUCAACGGUCGCCUAGCCAACAGUCUUCCAUUCAUCGGUCGCCCAGCCAACGGCUGCCCAAUCAUAGCUCUCAACGGGGUCCUGGAUUUAGUCAUUUCAUUAAUUUAUUGUAGUUUUAGUGACAUGUGAGCAGUCGUACAUUUGAGGGCACAAAUCUAAGGGUAAAUUACAUUUCACAGCGAUUUGACGGAGUGAAAAACACUUUGUUUCAAUUAUGCCAGUUUAAAUUGUGCCCCUAAGGGGACAUACAACACCUGGGGAAUCGAAGGUAAUCAGGUUUGAUCCAAGGAAAGGGAAGGGUAGCUCCAAUUCCUUGAAUCAAGAGCUCUUGUAGGUUCCAGUUAUUCUAGUCUACCCUUGCCCAGACGGAGACGCUUACGUGUCAAUUUGUUUU